CUGUUGUUCCGGGUAGAUCCCCCUUUAAUCUGGGUAUGUGGCUCUGGAAGUAUAAAUAUACAUGAAUAUCCCUUCCAGAACUGAUUAACUCAUUCAUACUCCAAGACAACGCAAAGAUUCGUUGACAUCCAAUCUCCCCAUCGAAAAUGAAGAUCUCCGCAGCCCUUUCCACAGCCCUUCUGGCCGUCAGUGCUGCUGCUGCCUUCGACAAGAACCAACCAUGGGGCAAACGCGAUUACCCCUGUGUCAAUGUCUUUCAGGGCAUCCCCGACAACUCGACUGUCGCUCCAGGUGCCGAAAUCAACAUCAAGUUCAACCGAAACUCGCCUAACUGCGAUAAAUCCCUGCGUCAGUACAAGGGAGCGGAUUAUUCCGUGUACCUCUACAACAACCCCGUCAGAGGCAUGAACACUAUUAACUUCGACCGUGAACUCCCGAUCAAAAGGGGCAUCCCCGAGCAGGAUGGCGCUGUCACCAUUACCAUUCCGUCGCAAAAGGAACUUGGAACUGUUAAGGACGACAGCGUGUGGUAUCUUCGCCUCUCUACUAGCUUGAACGAUGCUCCACAGAUGCCUACUCUCUUCAAUGCUGCUGGUCCCUUCGCUAUUCGUGCUUAAUUGGCGGAUAUAGACACUACUGAGAUGUAUAUGUUUUAAGUAGGUGGUUAUGUUAGCGUUCGCUCUGAGAUUGGCAUAUUCGUUACCAUACACGCUUAGCAUUAUGCAGUGAGAUCCUCUAUUUCCGGGAGAUAUUUUCAUAUUUUACUUCUUGAGAAUAGACUGUUGAGCCUUGAUUCCAGUCCUUAAUCCAAAUUUAACAAAAGUCUAUAUGUGCACCUUGGAUGGCAGGGCUUCU